UGUUCUAACUGCGGUAUCACACACAGUGCGAACUGGCGCCGUGGUCAGGAUGGCAAGCGAACAUGUAACGCGUGCGGUCUGUACUUCCAGCGGGUGAGUCGUCCCGAAACACCCCAUCUUCAGCUACUAAACUUCUUGCAGAAUGGCAAAGCCCUACUGCGAUGUGAGAACUGUGAUACCUCGAUAACGACGGUAUGGCGAAGGGAUGCGAGACGAAGGACAGUCUGUAAUGCAUGUGGUCUGUACUAUCGGAUUCAUGGCUGCGAUCGUCCGAUUGAAUUGAGGACCGACAUUAUUCGACCGCGGUACCGAAUCGACUCUCAUCCC